GCGGCUCGCACAGCGACCCCUGCCGCCGCCGCCGGCCGGGCGGCGGGAGGCACGACGCGGGCGCCCACCCACCCGGGAGUUGAGGGGCAAGGUCAAGGCCGGCGGGACCAAGAACGCUCAGGAGAAACGGGAGACCCAGGCUGAGUCACCUCUGGAGCCCUCAUGAGGCUGGUUUUGCCGACCUUCACUCUGACCCUUUGGAGGCCCCUCGCAUGUGUCUGUGCAAAGUCAGCUCCAGGAGAAUCCUGUGCCCAGGCGCUGAGCUCCUCAGUCAGCUGCCACCAGGGGCCGGGGGAACGUGCAGGUAUUUGCCCAGGAUUUCCCCCUCUGGAGUUACAUCAUUAUGUCACAGGUCUGGUGACCCCAGGUCACAAAGAUCUGGAACUGCAGGACCACAGAGCACCUUCUACACCGAGAAGGGGGCCCAACAUGAAGAGGCUCCUCCUGGUCACCAGCCUGGCAGCCAUGCUGCUGCAGGAAGUGGGCUCAGCGUCCCUGCACCAGGUGUUCGUCAAGACCAAAGGCAAAGUCGGGCCCCCUGCGCAGGACACUGAGGAGGCCUGGGGGGCCCUAGCGGCGGAGCCUCCGGAUGGUGGAUGGCUCAGGGGGCAGCUCACUGCACCAGGGCUUGUGGCCGCCACCUGGGAGACCCGGCAAGGUGCCACAGCCUGGCCGGGGACAGAGGACGCUCUAGGCCGUGUCCCAAGCCCCAGGCAGGGCCCUGAGCCGGACCCUGAUGACCGGUACCACCCCUGGCCCGAGGAGGCCCAGGAUGAGGCCCAGCCCUGGUCUUGGGUGCUGCCGUCCCGCCAGGAGCUGCAGGGACCAGAGGAGGACCGAGACUACAUCUACCACCCCAGGGGCACCUCCUGGGGGCCCUGACCCUCCCCACCCAGAGAAAUAAACCCUGCAGAGGCGGAGGC